UGAGUCAGCUUCCGACUUCUCAGUCUUCGAGUGCAACCGCAGUGAACGGAGGUACGGGUCCUCUCUCUCAGCCGACAUUUUUUAUUGAUUUUCAGCACAUUGCAAAUACAAAAACACUUUGCCAGAAAAAGUUGAUAUUAGUGAUUAAUUUAAGAAUUGAUGUGGUAGAGGUGAUCUUAGGCUGUCAGUUUUACGAGAGUGAAUAUCCGAUGGUGAAACACCUUUUGCGUCUGUUAUCUGUGAGCGAUCGCCACCGUCGACGUCUCCACCGCAGCCAAGCUUUAUCUUCAAGUGUGUCGACGACAGUGUCGUCUGCUCCUCUUACUGCCCACGCUCAUGCCAAGGAUUCAUGCACAGGCGAAGGGUCAUCCUGCUCGAGCUUAGGAGCUCGCUUUACGCUGAUGAGGUUACACAUUCUCGCCUCUAGGAUUCUGGAGGAAAAAUGUGGGUGAAAACUACAGGAAGCUGUUUGUAGCCAUACUGGGCGAAGCAACAGCAGUCAAGAUGGCAUCCAUUCCACAAUUGUUAAUGGAGGAGGUUCAGCCAGCCUUGACUACAUCUGGUAGCAAGGUGACAGUGGUUGGUGUAGGUCAGGUGGGAAUGGCUUGUGCAUUCUCUCUCUUGACCCAGCACAUCUGUUCAGAAUUGGCUCUUGUUGAUGUGGUUCCUGACAAGUUGCGGGGCGAGAUGAUGGACCUUCAGCAUGGCCUAACUUUCCUUAGGAAUGUGAAAAUUGAAGCCAGCACAGAUUAUGCUGCGAGUGCUGGUUCCCGUUUGUGCAUUGUAACAGCUGGUGCCCGUCAGAAGGAAGGAGAGUCUCGUCUCUCACUUGUGCAGCGUAAUGUUGAUAUUUACAAGGGCAUCAUUCCUAAUCUUGUCAAGCAUUCUCCAAACUGCAUUCUUCUUAUUGUUUCCAAUCCUGUGGAUAUUCUGACCUAUGUGGCAUGGAAGUUGUCUGGAUUGCCAAAGAAUAGAGUAAUUGGAUCUGGCACCAAUCUUGAUUCAUCAAGAUUCCGUUUCCAUCUGUCACAGAAACUGAAUGUUGCUCCCUCCUCUUGCCAUGGCUGGAUUAUUGGCGAGCAUGGAGACUCUUCAGUGCCAGUAUGGUCAGGUGUAAACAUUGCCGGAGUGCGGCUUCGUGACCUCAACCCACUUAUUGGUACCCCAGAGGAUCCUGACAAGUACAAUGAAAUGCACAGGGAUGUUGUGAACAGUGCAUAUGAAAUCAUCAAACUGAAGGGCUACACCUCUUGGGCUAUUGGUCUCUCCGUUGCUUCCCUUGUUUCAUCUGUUUUGAAGAACAUACGCUCCUGUUAUGCUGUCUCCAUUGCUGUUCAAGGUUACCAUACCAUUGACAAGGAUGUGUUCCUGAGUCUGCCAGUUGUGUUGGGUGAGAAUGGUGUCACUCAUGUCAUUAAGCAGACGCUCACACAAGAAGAAAUUAACCAAUUGAAGAAGUCAGCAGAUACUCUUUGGGAUGUGCAGGCAGGAAUCCAGUUCUAAGUGUUAUGCCUAAGUCAAGAGUCAAAAUGUUAAAUCAAGCACUAUACAAUAGUGUAGCAUCAGGAUCACUAAGGAUUAAGAAGUUACUGUGAUACAAAUCAAGAGAGAAGAGUCAGUAUUCAUAGGAUAUUAAUUAAACAUUUACCUGGAAAUAGCCAUGAAGCUUUUACUUUUAACCCUAGCUGAUUAGUCAUACUAAAACAAAUCUGCUUUUUGAUGAAUUAAAUGAUGACUUUGAUAUGUAAACUUAUGUACAUUGUACUUGAGUAAUCUCAGAAAAAUUAGGCAAUAAUUGUCAAGUCUUGGUAAGAGAUGAACUGGUUUGAUGCAAGAAAACUUGUAGUGAUGCAAGGAAUAAUUACUGUAAUAUCCACUUCAAGUCCUGUUGCUACAAUUGUGAAAACAGCCCACGCUUCUGUCUCUAAAACUGUCCUUCCAUAAUAUAGGAUAAUAUCUUGGGUUAUAAUGCAAUGUGCCAUUUUAGUUUUUUAGUUUUUUUUAGUAAUUUUCACUGAAAAUAUCUUUAAAUACAGGUAUCUGUAAAUUCAGUGUCACUAAUAGAACCAAAUUUCUAUUAUUGAGGAUUUAUAAUUUAUAUAGCAGAUUAAAAUUUGAUGUGUGUUUAUCAGUACAGUAUUAAGACUAAUUAGUGUCUUUUUCAUCGUGACAUAAUCUAAGGGAUAGUAUUAUAUAAUGUGAAUCUAUGCCAACUUUAGAACAUGUAAACCUAUUUUGAAUGACUUUUCCAUUCAGACACACACUCAUUAAUUGAUGCUGUGUCAACAUGAAUGCAAACUCUUUUCAACUUACAUAUUCUUUAUAAACAUAAACACACUUGUGUUAACAUGAAUAUUCACUCACACCAACAACAACAUAAACAAACUCUUUAUCAUGACCAUACUUCUUUCCACAUGAACUCAUGCUCGUCAACAUGACCACAAUUACCUGCUAAUUUAGAACAUUACCGUAUAAGUUUGAAGGAUUUGGAAAAGAAUUCCUAACAUGCUAGUAUAGGUUUGAUUUCAUUUCAUUUAAUAAAGAAAAUGAUUGUAAGGAGUACCUUUAUAUUUAUUACAAUAUGUAUUAUUAUCAGCCUAUGAAAAUAUAAAAUGUGCAUGAUAAUAAGUAUUUGUGUUAAAUAAAAAAUAUACAGUAGUUAAA